UUGUAUACCUGCUCGUUCUGUGGGUAGACAAUCCAGAGAGAAAGCAACAACCCAGAAGUCUAAAGUUCAUCUUGAACAUCAACACACUUGCUAGCUUGUGCUUUCGAUCGUCUCCGCGACCGGACACGUUUUGCUGUUACACUGUAGAUUAACCUGCGAUGAGUGCGCCGCGGUUGUUUCGGGCCGUGAUCAUGGGCGCGCCCGGUUCCGGCAAGGGCACGGUGUCGUCGCGGAUCGUCAAGACGCUAAACAUGGAGCACAUCUCGAGCGGGGACUUGCUGCGAGCCAACAUCGAGCAGCGAACCGAGCUGGGGGUGAUUGCGGACAAGUUCAUCCGGGAGGGCAAGCUGCUGCCGGACGUUUACAUAACCAAGUGUAUCCUGGGGGAGCUGCAGAAGCUGAAGGGUCGUUCCUGGCUGCUGGACGGGUUCCCGCGUACGCUGGAGCAGGCCGGUGACUUGUGGCGGGAGGAGAAGAUUGACGCCGUGAUCAAUUUGGACGUUCCGUUUGAGGUGAUUAUCGAUCGGCUGCGGAGUCGGUGGGUGCAUCUGCCCAGCGGGAGGGUGUACAACAUCGGGUUCAACGAUCCGAAGGUGCCGGGCAAGGACGACGAGACGGGUGAGGCGCUGAGUCAGCGACCGGACGACAAUCCGGUGGCGGUGAGGAAGCGGCUGGAGAUUUACGAUGCUUGCACGCGGCCGUUGAAUGAGUACUUUAAGCAGAAGGGCGUUUUGGCGACCUUUUCCGGCCGGACAACCGACGAAAUUUGGCCCAGCGUGAAGCAGUAUUUGGAGGAGAAAAUCAAGUAAUUCCAUGUUGGUGUGUGAUGAGGGGUGAGAACGCGAACGACAAUGCGUCUUUUUUGGCGAUAGCACAAAGUUAGUCUGUACAGCACAAUAAACGAACUGAUAAGCGUUAGUGAUGAGGGUUUU